AUGGCGCUGCAGCUGGUUGUGCUGUGCGGCCUGAUAGGGAGCGGGAAAUCGACGUUCGCACACGCCGUGGAAGAUGCGGCGCCGCAUGAAUGGGUGCGGUGCAAUCAGGACGAGCUGAAACGACGGAGGAUGGUGUAUGACCGUGCGAUGGAAGCGCUAUCCCACGGAAAGAAUGUGCUGAUUGACAGGACAAACAUAGAUAGGAGGCAGCGCGCCGACUGGCUCGAGCUCGCGCAUGAUUUCCGGAAUGCGCAUCCCGACGGGCCCAUGCUCGAGGUGAGCUUGCUGUUGUUUGCUACACCGCUGGAGGAGGCACACAGGCGGCUUGCACAGAGGCAUGAUCACCCCACAAUUAAGGAUCCAGAGCAGGCACUCCGAUUGCUGGCCAUGUUUCAGCGCAGCUUCGUCAUGCCGGAUCCUGACGAGCCGGAAGGAUUUCAUCGUAUGCUUGUGCUCGAUACACCGCUGCCGCUGCCAGACGAUGUGCAGUUUGGGCAGGCUCACGGCGAGGCAGGGGUACAGUGGGGCAAGGGCGUGGGCAAGGGCGUGGGCGUGGGCAAGGGCGUGGGCAAGGGCAAGGGCAAGGGCGUGGGCAUGGGCGUCUAG